AUGGUGGAAGUGAUCGUCCUCACCGAAGUCGAAGUUAACACAUUGGUAGAGGUCGCGAACGAAGUUAUCGUGGAGGUACGGGUGGUCGUCACUGGAGUGGUGUGGUGUAGACGUAAGCUGAUAACAGAAAAAGCUGAAGCCACGAGGACGGCUGCCGUGAGGAUGCUCUUGCUGAAGUACAUGAUGAAUAAUAGGCGAGGUGGUGUAGAAUAUUUCAUAGUGAUUAUAUACCUUUCGACGGUGCCAUGA